UUACUUUGUUAUAAAACAUGUUUUGAUACAAACAAAUUGAGGAAAAUGACCGAUAAUUGUAGAAUUAACACUUCCCUAACCUUCGAGGUACUCCUUUAUUUAAAUUCCUAUUAUUUUGGAUUAUUUGCUGUUUGCGAAAUCGGCAUGAACGUUGUAAAGUAUGUUAAUUUUAUGGAACUGCACCAUUUCCAAACCGAUUUUGCGGUUCUUGUGUCUGUAUGCUGCAUAGAAAUAUUAAGAAUUAUUGUUGCACGAAGAGGAAAUUUAACAGAAAAAAAAUGGCUGAUAAUUGUUGCAAUUUUACUCACAAUUCCUUCAUUGGUUGGUGUGGUGUACUUAAUGUUUUUACAAAGUGAAGUCCUACGAUUCGAAUACAUUAUUUGUACAAUUCAAUUGGGACUGUGCGCUUUGGAAAUUAUUACAGGAAUUUUGUGCCUUUUUCCUUGCUGCAAAGUUCCGGAGUAUUACUGA